GUAUUCUUAUUCCAUUUAAUCAUUAGUAAUUAUAUGUAUUAUGUGUAAUAAAAUGCAGGCAUGGGUUCGGGAGCAUUUUCCUAUGUUUCGACACGCUAGGGACCCAGCCUACACGGAGGACCUACCACUGGCAGCACGUUGGUUGUCACGUUGGGAGACUACCAUGGAGACCACUUACCACUACCGUGGGAUGUUAGACGAUCUACGUCCUAGUCAGGUUGUUUUUGACCCGUACACAGAUCGCAGGCAAGUAGUCGCAGAUGUUGUUUUUUACACGGGCUGCAACCGUGCCAUGGUCGUCUUUGAGCCGUAUCUACCUGAUAGAGUAUUGAGGCAGUUCGGCAUGGUGCAGUUGGUCCCUGGGCCUCCGUUAGUCCCAUUGCGAGGUAGUAAAGGCGCUAAUAGUCAUUCAUACAGUGUGGUUUACGCGUACACAGAUGGUCAAUGGGAAAAUUGGCGCGAUCAUGUCAUGAAUGCAGAGAAACGAGUUGCGAUUCAGCCUGGAGUCCCGUGGGAGUCACACCCCGACUACCUUCCUUGGUUUUUGACGGUCUCCCACUUCAGGGUCUCACCCCGUCCCGUAGAGGUGCCGUAUACCGAGAGUACGGAAGAGCACAAUGCAGCGGCUUUGGCCAUUUUGGACAGUGUUUUGGGUGGGACUAGGGCUAGGACUUCAACUUGCCCGUAUGAACUACGAUAAGCACUUGUUGAAGUGCAGAUGACUUUGAGGGGACCGGAGGCUGCUGAAGCAAGCAUAGCAGGCCCUAGUUCUAAUCGUUACUCGAGUCGUUACACUAGGUGCCGGCGCCAUGACCGCACUUGAGACUUGGUGUUCUCUGGCUUGUUUUUAAUGGACUUUAUGGCUUGUUUUUGAUGGCCUUUAUGGCCUUGUAUUUAUUUUGGACACUUUAUGACCAUGGUUUAUGGACUACUUUUCGUGGCGGAAUGAAUUUUGUUUUAGUGCGGAUAACUAUUAGGAUAUUUGUAAUAAUUGGAUAUCGUUAAAA